AUGAAUCAAGCGAUUAAUGACACCACAUCACUUCAGCGUACUGGCACAAUUGAAAACUUUCAUCUAAGUGUUGUCAUUACUGCUUUAGUUUUAGGUCAUAUAGAUUUGAUAACUAGUUCGUUUGUGAUCUACUCUGCAUAUAAGAAAUGGCUCACAAGUUCUCUAUCAAUUUCAAGUCGAGUUCCUCUAUAUCUCAAUAUGGUUUUCAUGCCGAACUUCUUUUAUUCGUUGAUUUAUCAUAAGGUUAUUCCUGAAACACCUUGUAAACUACUAGCAUUCCUGUUCUUUUUUAACAUAAAUAUCAAUAUGAUUGUAAUGGCCGGUGUUGCAAUUAUCACUUAUGUGAGAAUUGUAAGAAGACCAAUUGACCUGGACCUGGGAAAAUUUGAUUG